AUGACAUCAUUAGGCCCUGCCUUCUCUUCUUUUUAUCUCCAUGUUUACUCUGAUGGCUGCCGCUCCUCUCUGUGGCCUCGACUCCUGCUUCCAUUCUGGUUCUGGUUUGCUGAGCAUGCAAUCCAGGUGAGGGCCUCCCACCAGCAUUUCCACCCCCACUCUAUAAAGAUACCUGGUGACAUCACUUUGGGGGGGCUGUUUCCAAUCCAUGCCCGUGGCCCCCAUGGUGUGAACUGUGGUGAACUGAAAAAGGAAAAGGGAAUCCACCGCAUGGAGGCCAUGUUAUAUGCUCUGGACCAGAUCAACAGUGAUCCUGGACUGCUGCCCAACAUCACGUUGGGGGCCCGGAUCCUGGACACCUGUUCCAGAGACACUUAUGCCCUGGAACAAUCACUCACUUUUGUCCAAGCACUGAUCCAGAAGGACAUGUCUGACGUCCGCUGCUCCAAUGGAGAAACGCCAAUUAUCCGCAAACCAGAGAGGGUGGUUGGUGUGAUUGGAGCAUCAGCCAGUUCUGUGUCUAUCAUGGUGGCCAACAUCCUGCGAUUGUUUGAGAUCCCUCAGGUGAGCUAUGCAUCUACAGCCCCAGAGCUCAGUGACAACAAUCGGUAUGAUUUCUUCUCUCGGGUUGUUCCUCCGGACUCGUACCAGGCUCAGGCCAUGUUGGAUAUUGUCAAAGCUCUGGGCUGGAACUACGUCUCUACACUGGCGUCUGAAGGAAACUAUGGAGAAAGUGGUGUGGAGGCAUUCAUGCAGAUCUCCAGAGAAGCUGGUGGUGUGUGUAUUGCUCAGUCUGUGAAGAUUCCUCGAGAGCCCACAGUUGGAGAGUUUGAUAAAAUUAUCAAGCGUCUCAUGGAGACAAGUAAUGCCAGAGGAGUGAUAAUCUUUGCCAAUGAGGACGACAUCAAGUGUGUUCUUGAAGCAGCAGGGCGUGCUAACCUGACUGGACACUUCCUAUUUGUGGGCUCAGACAGCUGGGGUGCAAAGAGUUCACCAAUUGCAGAGCUUGAAGAUGUUGCAGAGGGUGCUGUCACGAUCCUACCAAAACGAGCUUCAAUUGAUGGGAAAGAGAGGAUUGGUCAGGAUUCAUCCUACGAGCAGGAGGGAAAGGUCCAGUUUGUGAUUGACGCAGUCUAUGCUGUUGCUCAUGCUCUGCACAACAUGCACCAAAACCUUUGUCCAAACAGCCAUGGUGUCUGCAGCAACAUGGACCCUGUGGAGGGACGACUGCUGCUUGAUUAUAUCAGAUCUGUCAACUUUAAUGGAAGUGCAGGGAUGAGUGUUCUGUUCAAUGAAAAUGGAGAUGCUCCAGGACGCUACGACAUCUUUCAGUUCCAGAAUACCAAUCGCAGCCAUCAUGGCUACCAAGUGAUUGGACAGUGGACCAAUAAUUUGAGACUCAAUCUGGAUGAGAUGCAGUGGUCUGGAGGAGACAGCUCAGUUCCAGAGUCUGUCUGUAGCUUCCCCUGUAAAUCAGGUGAGAGGAAGAAGAUGGUCAAAGGAGUUCCCUGUUGUUGGCACUGUGAGCUCUGUGAUGGGUAUCAGUACCAGCUGGAUGAUUUUACCUGUGAGAACUGUCCGUCAGACAUGCGCCCCAGCCCUAACCGAACAGCCUGUCAUCCAACACCCAUCAUCAAGCUGGAGUGGAACUCCCCUUGGGCCUUAGUCCCUGCCUCCCUUGCCAUGUUUGGUAUCCUAGCAACCAGUAUUGUGGUGAUAACCUUCAUUCGCUUUAAUGACACCCCCAUUGUCAGAGCAUCAGGCAGAGAGCUCAGCUACGUCCUCCUGACAGGUAUUUUUUUGAUCUAUCUUAUCACCUUCCUGAUGAUCGCAGAGCCGGGUGUGGUGGUGUGUGCAUUCCGGCGCCUCCUGCUUGGUCUUGGCAUGGCCAUUACUUACUCUGCUAUGCUAACCAAAACAAACAGAAUCUACCGCAUUUUUGAACAGGGUAAAAAGUCGGUGAGCCCGCCCAAAUUUAUUAGCCCCACCUCGCAACUUCUCAUCACCUUCAUCCUCAUUUCUGUCCAGGUUCUUGGGGUGUUUGUGUGGUUCGCUCUGGUUCCUCCUCAUACCAUCAUUGACUACGAGGAGCUUCACCCCACAAACCCAGACUUGGCUCGAGGAAUCCUGAAGUGUGACAUGUCAGACCUGUCAAUCAUCUGCUGUCUCAGUUACAGCAUCCUUCUCAUGGUAACAUGUACGGUGUAUGCAGUGAAGAGUCGAGGUGUUCCAGAGACUUUUAAUGAAGCUAAACCAAUUGGCUUCACCAUGUACACAACCUGCAUUGUCUGGCUCGCCUUUGUACCCAUCUUCUUUGGUACUGCUCAGUCCACCGAGAAGAUGUUCAUCCAGACAGCCACUCUGACUGUGUCCAUGUCUCUGAGUGCCUCUGUCUCACUCGGGAUGCUCUACAUCCCCAAAGUUUACAUCAUCAUCAUCCACCCAGAGCAGAAUGUCCAGAAAAGGAAGAGAAGCUUCAAGGUCUAA